ACAAAACCGAGCGAAUGAGUGUACAAACAGAAAAGACUCAUUCAUUCAGUGAUUCAGCUCUUAUUGAGUGAGCAUUUGGUUUGAAGUUUGAAAGAAAUUGUCAUUAAUUUAGUUGUUAUUAACGUAAACGACAGACACGACGCAUACCUGAGCCACGAUGAGUGCAAUCGGAACGGGAUACGACUUGUCUGCCUCUCAGUUCUCACCGGACGGACGGGUAUUUCAAGUGGAAUACGCGCACAAAGCCGUCGACAACAGCGGCACUGUCAUCGCGUUGAGGGGAAAGGAUGGCAUAGUAUUGGCGGCCGAGAAGUUGGUCGCAUCCAAGCUGUACGAGAAGGGGGCGAAUAAACGCAUCUUCAAUGUGGACACACAUAUAGGGGUCGCCGUCGCCGGACUCCUGGCCGACGCCAGAGCUAUAGUGGAGAACUCGAGGGAAGAGGCGAAGAACUACCGGUCGGAAUACGGAUCACCCAUUCCUAUCACAUACCUGAAGGAGAGGACAUCCAUGUAUUUGCACGCAUACACUAUGUAUAGUGCGCUCAGACCUUUCGGAUGUAGUCUUCUGUAUGCAUCUCACGAUCCCAUGGAUGGGCCGCAACUCUAUUGUCUCGAUCCGUCAGGCCUGUCAUGGGGUUACUUCGGGUGCGCCAUAGGAAAGGCUAAACAGGCGGCCAAAACAGAACUGGAAAAGUUGAAACUCAAAGACAUGACCGCCAGACAACUCAUCAAAGAGGCCGCGAAGAUCAUUUAUGUGGUUCACGACGAGAUCAAAGACAAAGCCUUUGAACUGGAGAUGAGUUGGAUCGGCGCCGACACUAAUGGCAAACACGAAUGGGUGCCCAAAGAGUUGUUCGAUGAGGCGGAACAGUUAGCCAAAGAGGCCAUCAAACCCGACUCCGACUCCGAUAUAGAACAGGAAUAG